AUGAGUCUAUUUCAGCGGCUUCGCGUUCUCUGUAUUUUCAUAUUAUCGAAACCCUCGUCUACAUCUCCGUUUCGACGAAGCCAAAUCUGUCGUGUUUUAUAAUCCCAAAAGUCUCCACCUAAGUCACCGACUCGAUACGGCAAGAUCGACAGAGAGACCGACGCGCCGGCAGAUCCCAAGCUCACCGGAGAGGGGGAAGAGGGCGACCGAAGGCGGCGAUGGGUUUCAUCAUGGACUUCGCGGAGAAUCUGAUCCUCCGUCUGAUGGAGGACCCGGACAAGCGCGACCAGGUUCGGCGGGAGCAUGUCUACAAGAUGAAGGAGCGGUGCGAGCGCACUAAGGCGGCGUGGAGCCUCCCUCUGCGCCCCUACGGCUUCUGGACCUUCGACCGCUUCAACUCGCAGCUCUCCUGGGAUCCCCAGAUCAGCCAGGCCGCCGGCCGUCGGGACCCCUACGACGACCUCAUCGCCCGCCACUCUGGCUCGCCGCCGUCUUCCUGAACACCCGUUCCGAUCUUUGCCCAGAAGGUCUACUUGGGCAUCAAUAAGAAACUCUUUCCCCUCAAACUGAUUGUGGUUCCAUCCUCUUCUGUCUGGAAAAUGUUGUCACCAAACUACCCUAUUUCCUGUUCCAGUUUGGCAUGGAAGUAUAAGUUGUGUACUUCUAUUCUCAAGUUGUUGUCUUUGUAUUAUGAAAUGUUUCCAAUAAUCAGCAGUUUUUGAUGUAUGGUCGUGGAUCC